UAACAAAGCAAAGUGUCAUCGCGAAUAAAUGUGGGGUUUGAUAAUAAAGAAUUGCGUUGGUGAACAAUAAUAAUACAAAUCCUAAAUGUAUCGGGCGUAUUACCAGUAGAUACUGAUAUUGCGAUUAUUGGUGAUCCCGGCAGCAAGGAGCUUUAGGAAUUAGCAUCCUGAAAUCAUGGCCUCAAUAUCGGAUGAUGGCAUGGUACUGAGUGGCUACCACAAAAAGCUGAAGACCAUGAAAAAGAAGUUCUUUGUGCUGUACGAGGAGACCAGCACUUCCUCAGCCCGUUUGGAAUACUACGAUACCGAAAAGAAGUUCCUGCAGAGAGCGGAACCAAAGAGGGUUAUCUAUCUGAAGAACUGCUUUAAUAUCAACCGGCGUUUGGACACGAAGCAUAGAUUCGUCAUCGUUUUGUCCUCAAGAGAUGGUGGUUUCGGCAUCGUACUGGAGAGCGAAAAUGAUUUACGCAAAUGGCUGGAUAAACUACUAUUUCUACAAAGGAAUAUCGCCAACACGAAUGGCACAACACACUCAGCUUAUGACCAAGUUUGGCAAGUUGUCAUUCAAAAGAAGGGAAUUUCGGAGAAAGUGGGAAUCACUGGACCGUACCACUGUUGCCUUACUUCAAAAUCCCUGACCUUCGUGUGUAUAGGACCGGAAAAGACUCCCAAUGGCGAUGAUCGAGUUGCUAGCAUUGAGAUUCUUUUGACAACGAUCAGGCGAUGCGGACAUGCAUCCCCUCAAUGUAUUUUCUACAUGGAACUCGGCCGUCAAAGUGUCUUGGGAUCUGGAGAGUUGUGGAUGGAAACGGAUAAUGCAGCUGUUGCUACCAAUAUGCACAAUACGAUAUUAAGCGCUAUGUCAGCUAAAACAGAGUCGAACACGAAUUUAAUAAAUGUCUAUCAAGCCAGACCUGAUAUUAGCCACGAGCCCAUGAGAAAGCGAUCAUCGUCUGCAAACGAAGCUUCAAAACCGAUAAACGUAAUAAACGUUCGCCAAAACUCUCUCGAAUUGCGGAACUGCAGUUCGCCCCAAACUUAUACCUUCGGAAGAGAGCGGUGCGAUAGCUUACCAACCAGAAAUGGAACCCUGAGCGAGUGCAGUAAUCAAACAUACUUUGGAUCCAAUCAUGGGCUAAGAUCUAACACCAUAUCUGGCAUCCGUCCGCACCCAUCCAACAAACACAGUAAUAGUCCAACAUUCGCCAUGCCAUUGAGAUGCUCAGAGUCCGAGUCGUCAAUUAGUAUCGAUGAGUCUGAUGAUAAUGGAAGUUUUAGCCACUACCGAUUAAACACACGGUCAUCGAAAACGGCAAUUCCUGAGGAAAACAUUGAUGACUUUGCAAGUGCGGAAUUCAGCAAAGUCACCGAGCAAAGUGAAAGUGACGAAAACUACAUACCGAUGACCCCAAUUAAGCCGACCUUGUUUGGCGAUGUCAGCCAGGAAAAGGAGAAGGUUGAGAUGCAAAGUUCACAGGAUGCAAACCUGCACUUUGACUUUCCAGAGCACACAUCCGAGAAGCUGGCCAAGGAUUUCGAUGUGGAUUCUGAUAAUCAAUGUGGACGUCCUAUUCGAGCUUAUUCAAUAGGGAACAAAGUCGAGCAUUUAAAGUUAAAUAAGCGCCUGGGAUAUCUAAAUGAUACUGGUCAGAAUCCGAAUCGCGUGCGAGCAUACUCGGUGGGUUCCAAGUCAAAGAUACCGCGGUGCGACUUGCAGCGCGUGGUCCUUGUGGAGGAUAAUAAACAUGAGUUCGGGGCGAAUAGAAGUCAUAGUAGCAUUACAAAGGAUGGUUCUAGCUCUGGGACAAGUGGCAAUCGGGAAAAGAAAUCCACAAGUGCCCCGCUCUUGAGUCUGAAGAACCAGAUAAACCCCGACCGAAUGAGUGACUUAAUGGAAAUUGAUUUUUCACAAGCAACCAAUUUGGAAAAACAAAAGUUCAUCAAGAAUAAUGAAAUUCCCAAACAUAUUGAAAACGUGUUCCCCAAGAGUAUCAGAAACGAUAGCUCCAACUUAGCCUUGAACGCUACAAGUCAGAAAGACAUUUUCAAUGGAACCAAAGUUGGCAACACCACGAGCAGCGCAACAGAGGAUGGUUACCUAGAGAUGAAACCAGUUGGCAAUGCAUAUACGCCCAGUACACCCAGUACGACUUGCCUUUCGAGCAGUAUAAACAUGAUCACUCUGGCAGACUUGUAUGUGAAAAGGGCCAUGCUCGAUGCUAACAAAAUAAGUACAUAUAAUAUUCCUAGAGAGCGGUUAGAGCCAUCCAUAAGCGAAGAAAAGAAGUCUAACUCUCCGGUAAAUGAAAAACCUAAGAGUCCAGAACCCUCAACCGUAGAAAGUAAUAGCAACAUUGACAUUGCACUCGAGACAUUAACCGUGCAAAGCGAUAAACCAAUUAGCGUGGAUGAAAAACUGAUUGAGAACAACAAUUUGGACACGGGUUGUCAUGAGGAAAAGAAACUGGUUCACUCAAUAAGUAGUGAAGACUACACACAAACUAAGGAGAAAUCGAAUGAUUUCACAAAGAUUAACGAAGCGGGCUACAAAAUUCUUCAAAUAAAAAGCGACAGUUCUCUUUUCUCAUCGAAGCCUGGCCAAAAGGGCAUUGCCAAGGAUAAUUUACUAGCGGAAAGUGCUAAUACGAUAGCCGAUCAUGGUUGCAUCUCAGUCACCAAAUUCAAUAUAACUCCAAAGGCAACCGAUUCAAAAGUCGCAGAUCCAAGCAAACAACAGAACAUUCUCCAGAUUAAGGAUUUGAAUUUCCCCUCAAGGUCUUUAUCUCGCAUAUCCCAGACGGAGCUCCACUACGCCACCCUAGAUCUUCCCCAUUGUAGCGGCCAAAACCCAGGAACAUACCUGAAGAAAGGUUCUCGCGAAUCUCCGCCGGUGUCUGCAUGCCCCGAAGUGGGCAACUCCUAUGCGAAAAUUGACUUUGAUCAAUCGGACUCAUCUUCCUCCUCAUCAAACAUAUUUAAUACGUAAAGUUUUAGAAUUUAAAACCAUAUGUAUAUGAUUUGUUUAAUAUUGUACAUUUAUUGUAAAUAUUCUCUGACAAGCAAAGCUUACAAUUUUGGAUGCUAAUAAAUAAAUUUUAUUUAAAUUAUAA